AUGAAUCAGAAGGAUACCAUUAUUCAUCUAGUUGCUGGAGGGGUUGCUGGUACAGUAGGCGCAAUAGUAACAUGUCCUCUAGAAGUGGUAAAAACCCGUCAGCAAUCCUCUCAUGGUAGAAGUAUGCUGGCCUCUCCAGGAAGUGAAGCACCUCCACAAUCUAGAAAUAUAAAAUCCCCUUGUAGCAAUGGUAAGCGUAGACUAUGGACAUCUACACGGUACGCUCGGCCUCAAGUUGUGGCUCUUUCAGGUUUCACGGCGCCGCCUCCGCCACCGUUGAGGAUCGGCAACGACAUGAGCAUCAUGCAAAUUAUCCGGCAUAUUGUUCGACACGAAGGACCCAUGGCCUUAUUUAAAGGAUUAGGCCCAAACCUCAUUGGUGUCGCUCCUUCCAGAGCUGUCUACUUUUCCACCUACUCCCAGGCGAAAAGGUUCUGGAACAGAUGGCUGCCCCCUGACUCGCCAGUGGUUCACGUUUGUUCCGCCUCGUGCGCUGGCUUCAUGGCCAGCACCCUUACCAACCCCAUAUGGUUUGUCAAAACUCGACUGCAGUUGGACGUCAACAAGGAAAACCCGAUGACUGCUCUGCAGUGUGUCAAACAGAUAUACGCUAAAUCUGGCAUAUUAGGUUUCUACAAAGGUAUCACUGCCUCCUACAUGGGCAUCUCGGAAACAAUCAUCCACUUUGUGAUCUACGAAGCAAUCAAGGCCCAUUUGAUUGCCCAUCGUGGAAACGACACCGAUACGCGAAGCUCCAAAGACUUUUUGGAGUUCAUGGUGGCUGGGGCAAUAUCGAAAACAAUCGCCUCUUGUAUAGCAUACCCUCACGAGGUGGCGAGGACGCGGCUACGUGAAGAAGGCAAUCGAUAUACGGGCUUCUGGCAAACUUUACACUUGGUGCUCAAAGAGGAGGGGAUCAGAGGUUGUUAUCGAGGAUUGACGACGCAAUUGGUGCGGCAGAUUCCGAACACCGCCAUCAUGAUGGCCACCUACGAGGCUGUAGUGUAUAUAUUGACUAGUCGGUUUAAUACUGAGUUUUAUCAGAAGGAGGAACAUUGA